UUGAAGAAGACAACGUAUGAACCGAACUGACAAUCUGAUUGGCUCGUUGCGAUUUCAGAGGACAGGAGAAGAGCAUUCAUUGACAUAAUGGAGGUGAAUGGCUUCCACUGUGACGGCGAGGGAUGUGCGGAGGAGCAAGAGGAAGAACCGAAAGCGCUCAGGCGGCCUCGAUCAAAGACGGAGGCGUCAUGUAGCAUAAUGGCUACACCGGGUGCAGACAGCGCAGCGGCCGGCGGCAGUGCACUCCGAGAGCAGCGGAUGUCAAAAUCGACACCGGCGAUGCUGAGGCUCGAUUCGCUGAAAAAGAACAGGCCGCCUUUCCCAUGGUUUGGCAUGGACAUUGGUGGCACAUUGGUGAAGCUGGUCUACUUUGAGCCCAAAGACAUUACAGCGGAAGAAGAACAGGAGGAGGUGGAUAGUCUGAAAAGCAUCCGCCGCUACCUCACCUCACACACCGCCUAUGGCAAAACAGGUAUACGAGAUGUUCACCUGGAGCUCUCUGACCUCACACUUUGGGGCCGCAAGGGCAACCUGCACUUCAUCCGCUUUCCCACGCACGAGCUGCCUGCCUUCCUGCAGAUGGGCCGAGACAAGCAUUUCUCCAGUCUGCACACAACCCUCUGUGCCACUGGAGGUGGUGCAUUUAAAUAUGAAGAUGGCUUCCGUACGAUGGCCAAUCUGCAGCUGUUGAAGCUGGAUGAGCUUGAAUGCCUGAUAAAGGGGGUUCUGUACAUAGACUCAGUGGUCUCAAGUGGUCCACCUGAAUGUUACUAUUUUGAACAUCCAACAGACCCUGAGCGCUGCGAGCAGAAGGCAUACAACCUGGAGAACCCCUAUCCUCUGCUGCUUGUCAACAUCGGCUCUGGUGUCAGCAUACUGGCUGUAUACUCCAAAGACAACUACAAGCGUGUUACUGGAACCAGUCUUGGUGGUGGUACAUUCCUUGGGCUUUGUUGCCUGUUGACUGGAUGCUCCACCUUUGAGGAGGCAUUGGCAAUGGCCACAGAGGGGGAAAGUACACAUGUAGAUAAACUAGUCAAGGAUAUCUAUGGUGGCGACUAUGAACGAUUUGGCUUGCCAGGAUGGGCUGUUGCCUCCAGCUUUGGGAGCAUGAUGUGCAAGGAGAAGAGAGACUCAGUCUCCAAGGAGGAUCUGGCUAGAGCAACACUUGUCACCAUCACCAACAACAUUGGCUCAAUCACGCGCAUGUGUGCACUUAACGAGAACAUUGAAAGAGUGGUAUUUGUUGGGAACUUUCUGCGAGUGAACACAUUAUCCAUGAAGCUGCUCGCUUAUGCUUUGGACUACUGGAGCAAAGGACAACUCAAAGCCCUGUUCCUGCAACAUGAGGGUUACUUUGGUGCGGUUGGUGCACUUUUGGAGUUACCAAACCCAUCCUGAUCUGCUACACAAUCUUAGUUCACAGCUUUUACCAAAAGACAGAAAUAUUUAUGCAAACAGACCAAAAUUGCCUUCAAAUAUCAGACCAUGCCCUCAACUAUGCAGACCAAGCUCUGACAUCUUAUUGAUACCAAAACUAUUACUAUAAUAACAUCUCUUAAAAAUAUGCUAUACAGUUAGGUUAAACAAUCAGAAUUAACUAAAUGCCUAUACUAGUUUAAGGAAUUACUGCAAACAUCAGAACUGUUUAGAGCCUUUAACUUUUGAAAACAGUCAACCACUUGAUAUGAGAAUAAGCCAGCAAGAUCUGAUCCUUUACAUAGCUUAAAUCACAACCACGUGAUUAGACAUCAUUUAUAAUGUGUCAGCUGCCAUCUUAUACUGUACUAUAAUUACUGGUUAUGAACUGAUAUUGCAUCAAGCAGAAGAACAGUGACUGAAACUUGUAUUGUUUAUGGUUGCUAGUGAUAGUAAUCAUUAUGGUACAUUGCACUAUUUUGGGGGCACAGACAUCAUUUACUCAAAAGCAAGCUGAUCAGUCAAGCACUUUGCUCAUUUUGCUCUCCUGUAUAUGUAACUGAUGCAACAUAAAUGCAAAAUGACUAAAUAUAAAUAAAUGUCGCAGUGAGUUCAGAAUCUGAAUUUCAUAAAUGUUAUGCAGCUCAUAUUUUGUUUGUAGAGAACAGUGUUGUUUUGACAAUUAUUGCAUAACGGUGUGAGAGAGAGAAAGGGACC